AUGUCAAAGAAGGGUCUUUCUGUUGCCGAAAAACGCAAACGCCUUGAAGAUUUGUUCCAUGAAAAGAAAGAAUUCUUUCAAUUGAAAGAACUUGAGAAGAUUGCACCAAAAGAGAAAGGAAUAGUGUCUCAGACAGUCAAAGACAUACUGCAAGGCCUUGUCGAUGAUAAUCUUGUUCAUUGUGAAAAAAUCGGGACGUCGAAUUACUAUUGGGCAUUCCCCAGUAGUGCUCUCCAGAGUCGGCGUAGUAAAAUCGACGGAUUGACAAAUGAGUUGAAAAAGUUAAAAGAGAAAAAUGCAGACUUGACGGCUAGUAUCGAGAACGCUUCUAAUGGACGCGAAGAUUCUGAUGAACGAACAGCACUUCUCGGGCAGUUGGCAGAGGCAGAAAAUUUGCGAAAGAAAAAUCUUGAUGAAUUAAAGCGAUACAAAGAAUGCGAUCCAACAUUGCUUGAAGCAAAAGAAAAGGCGGCUGCUAUUGCACUUGAAAGCGCCAACAGAUGGACAGAAAAUAUUCUCCUUCUACAGUCUUAUUGUGUCAACAAAUGCAAUGUCGAACGAGCAGAUUUCAAUCGACAGUUUGGUAUUCCCGAAGACUUUGAUACCUU